AGUAGUUAUCAUUCCCAUCUUGUUUACGGGUGAGAAGAUUCCUCUAGGCUUAAUUGUUAGGAGAGAAAUGGAGAGUUUAAAGUGAAUGGCAGCGAAAACGUGUGGGCCGACUUUGAAGAAGAAGAAGAUUUAGACAAAGGACUUGUCUGGACAAGACUGCAGCAUCAUCCUGAAAGUGAAAGUAAACAAUUGCUGCUAUAUAGCACACGGACAGGUACACCUGAUCAUGCAAUCGCUCACACUCUCACUUUUCAACACUGCUCCAGAAGAAAGCUUCUCCAUCCAUUCAUUGAUCCUCUGAAGACAAUCAACACCAUCCAGGAGAACAUCCUACGAAGGCAAUCUUCAUCCAUCCUCCGAAGAAGACCAUCUCCAGCAUCCAUCCUCCAAAGAAGACCAUCUUUCCGCUCAUUCUCCAAAGAACAUCUCAGUUCAUUCCUUCAUCUUCAGAAGAGCGUCUGCAUCUCCCUCCAUCCCCUCUUCAGACGCCUCCUCCUCACACCUUAAUCCAGUCAACAUGAUGACUCGCAUCGCACUUCUCCUUCUUAUUGCAGCAUCCCUCUACUGCACCGUCACUGCAGGAACUGGGGACAUUGCACGAGACUGUUGCUUGUCCAUCAAUCCACUGCCCCUACCCCGAAGGCUGGCGGCCUCGUAUAAGCUGUCCGACCCAGGAUGCAACCUCAAGGCCACUGUAUUUACCACCAGGAAGGGGAAACAUGUCUGCGCCCCACUACCUGAGGACAGCGAAUGGGUGCGCAAGCUGAUUGCUCUGCUGGAUAAACAAUAAAAAGGUUCAGUGUGUUUCCUUUUGGGCGACGACGUGGCAGGGAGAAACAGGAAGCACUCAGGUGAUACUGUGUUAAACACAGGGGAAACCCAGCACGUUCAUCAUGGCAUUACUGUUCACAAUGUCAAGGAAGACUCAAACUUGCACACUCUUGUAAAUGUAAAAUUAAUUUGUUUCACACUAUGAUUCCCUUGUGACCUUGUGACGAUGACCUCUUUUUCAUUUUUCUUCUUCAUUCUUCAGUGUCUUUUCAGGAUGUUUUAUUGUUCAU